AUGGAUAUUGGCAGAUAUCUCGGCGUAGUCACCGUCAUCGUCAUUCUCUACUCCGUUAAAGCCACGGCACAAUUCGGAGAAGUUAUGCGAUGCGUAGAAAAAGUAAUGCCGUGUCGUCCGUAUAUGCAUUCGGAAUCUCCUCCGCCGUCGUGGUGUUGCGAUACGAUGAAAGAGAUCAUCGAGAAUGACAUGACGUGUCUAUGCGCCGCCUUCAACCAUCCGGACAUGCUCAGAUACAUUGAUCUCACCAAAGAGAACGCUCUUAAUGUCCUUAAGUCCUGUGGUGCUAACUAUGACGGCUCACUUUGUACCAGUACUACCUCUAGAGAUUCUUCUUCUACAGCGUCGUCGGGAUCUACGAGUAGCGGUAUGCACUAA